CCAGUUUUUUGAGCGAUAUGGGCCGUAUGUGCUGGGCAUGCUGCUAAUCCUGAGACACUGCUUGAUGGCGACCGCGGUAGUGGCCCCGGCAGUCGGGGUUCUGAAUGAGAGCCUGGGAAAGGUCGCGGACAGCAUGGAGGAGGUGACGGGCAACACCUUGGAGGCCAUCAAGGUAUCGAUCGACUUUCUGGAGCAAAAGCUCACCAACGAGAAGAUUGCCGGCGCCGCUGGGACGGAGAGCGAAGCCUUGGAGGGAGAGCAGGACUUGUUCAAACAUCUGGACGCACUUGAAGGCGCAGAUCUGCGCCGACUGGAGACCUUCCUGCGUUAUAAGGACAAGGACAAGAUUCUGGGCAACCUCUAUAGAAUCACGACGUCGAAAGGCCAUGUCAAGUGGGUCUGUCUCGAGCACUACCGGGCCUCCUAUCGUGAGGUCGCCAUGAAGUCGUUCCUUCAUACAAUCAAUGUCAACCACGGUCAGUACGAUCCACACCUUCGGAGAGUCACUGUCACGCUGGCCUCGUCCGUUGUCGCCAAAGACUUUUUCAGACAGCUUGGGAAUCAGGCACCCGCCGUCAACGAGCUGCAUGUGGCGCUGGACUGGGGUGUCAGCUCCUCGGAUCUCAGCAAACUGGUCGACAGCCUUGCGAGAUCCAACGUGAGGAUCGUUCGCGUAGACUUGAAGGACGACAAAAAUCCCACGCCAGACUUCAGACUGCUGGGCAAGGGUAGGUACUACCCCUUGCUGGAACUGUUGGCGAACCGCAAGAUCCAACAUUUUUCGCUGAAGCGACUGGACCUUUUUGCGAGCAGGACGUCCAACUUGUCCCAGGGCCUGCCGCCGUCGCAACUUCGCAGCCUGCACUUCAUGAAUCCGGUUCGGAUCUCGGACCAGGAUCGUCUGGCCAAUAUCCUGUACCAUUGCCCGAACCUCGUGGAGCUCCGACUGGGGAGGAACGGUAUCUCCAGGAUGCAGCCGGAGCUCAGCCUAGCGAUCGCAUCGUUGAAGCGCCUACAGGUCCUUCAUCUGUUUGGCUUCCGUGACGAGACAAACUCUGUAGUCAGGGACCUGCUGCCCGAUGUCCAGGCCGCGACCGAGGUGCUCAGAGAGCUGGUCCUGGUGAACUGUCUCUUCGAUUUACAUGAGCUGCAGGAGACGGUCCAGACGUUCGCAAGCACACUCGAGGUCCUGAUUUUUGACAAGGUCUACUCGCGUUUCGAUGCACAUACCGCCUUGGAUCUACAACCUGUUUCCACAAUCAGUUUGGAUGACUCUUUCUCUACCAAGAGCUCUCUGAUUCUAUCCUCUCUCCUCCGCAAGGACGAUAUGUUUUCGCAACUGACGCAACUCGACUUGAAGGUGUUUGUGUCAGAAGCGUUGCUCGGGUUCCUGUCUCAGAUCCUGCCACGGCUUCCCCUUACCCAUCUGGGUCUCUCUACAGGCAUGCACAGACUCUUUAAGUUCGUCAACUAUGAGACCCUACGCUCCGUUUUUGUAGAGAAGAUGAGUUCCAUGGAUCUCAAGCCGCUUUGGGAUGCACUGCCGAACUCUCAAGUUGAAUCGCUAUCUAUGGAGUACCUCGAUGAUGCCAACAAGGUUCCCAGCUAUCUAGAGAAGGUUUCUUUGAAGCGUCUAUGGGUCGGAUGGACGGAAGCUACCGCACGGGACGACUCCACUGGGAUCGACACAAACUUUAACGCUUUGCUUCAUCUGGAUUCAGAUUCAGACACCACUACCGUUCCGUCCCUUCCGUCCAUUAACUCCGCAAGACGCCUACAGCUGCGUUCCCGCUCCAGUCGAGUCGACUCUUGGCUCACUGGCUUGUUUAGAUCUUUGGACCUGACGAGACUGGAAACCUUAGCCGUGAUCAGUAGCGGGUAUAGUCCGGAAGCGGAAGAAGUUCUGGCGGGAUGGCGAGCGAGCUUCAUGGACCAGUUCACCGUCCAUCUAGGGCAGUACUACAACCCGCGGCUUCGCUCCAAGAAGGUGACUGCCUCGAGAUACACAGAUCCAAGCGAUGCGGAUGGAGAUACCAGCUCGACAGAAGCACUGGGACGCGUCAAGAAGUACUACGCAUAUGACUAUCUCUAUUUGCGCUACAGUUUGAUGACCAAAAUGGAGUAGGGUCCUUUGCUUUGGCAUGGGCGCCAGAUACUACUUUGCAUUUGGAAGUCGCUUUGCAAUAUACAAAGCAUUAAAAUCGUCUCCACAACCUCAAG